AUGUUUGGUAAGAUAGGAACUAGUUUAUUCCUGCUGUGUUUUCUUAUUCAUGCAGGGGUAAGCAACGAAUAUACAUGCAGUGAGGCCGAAGUCAUCUCACAGAAGACGAAACGAUGCUUUUCUGUUUCUUGGGUAUCUGCCAAUUUAAUAGACAGAAAUCUUACGGAUGAAGAUAGCUUUGAACCCGCACUCCUCCCCUUCAGCUAUUUGAAUGAUCGAGUCGAAGAGCUGCUGAGCUUCUAUUCGGAAGGUGUGGAAUUAUCAAAGUCGUGCCAAAUACUCCUAACCGAGUUUGUGUGCGCAGAAGUGCAUCCAAGGUGUGUGUUUGUCUCUCCCUGUAAUUGGAUCUUGCUUCAUAACACAAAGAUGCGUCAUACUGGACUGUGUGUCAAUUGGAUUGUUUAGCUCUGCAGAACCAGUGUGGCCCCUUUCCCAACUUGGACUGCUCGGGUUUCCGAUUCAACGAAUAUGACUGCUUUCGUCUUUCCACGAAAGUAGGCCUCAUUCCGCUUUCCUUUUGAACACAAGGAUGAGAUUAAGCUGACAUUCAGCCCUACAGACACAUAUGCGAUCUACACUUACAUCCUAUCAUUCAUUUUGAGUGCGGGAUUUACCAUUUGGUGGGUGUAUCGCUAUUGGAAGUACCGAGUGCAAAGCACCAAUCUUCAUCUCUUCAUCACCGUCCUCAUCUUUCUAAAGCU